AUGGGUGUGUCCAAAGACCAGACAGAUCAUUUAACGCGCAUGGAUAAGCGCCCAUUGGAAGAAGGUGCGGACAGUGCUGGACACGAAGAAGUACUACAUUUGCAGGUGGAUCAAACGAAUGGGGCACCCGCUGAUUGGAAUAUCGGCGACGCUUGGAAAUUGCUGGAGCAUCCAAAGGUGGAACCUGUGCCUCCGGUGCUUCCAGAUGCCGGCUCGAAGCUACCCUCCGUACGCAUGGCAGCCACGAGGGACUCGAUGCCGUGGUGCACGAGAAUCAGAUCCCGCCUCGAGUGGGGCAAAGGUCUCGGCCCUAUCGUUCGAGCCAUUGAAGAGGAGUUGCAAGAAAUGAAGGAUUUCAACAGCCGGAAUGGGAAUCCGGAUCGCAAGAUCCUCGUCCUUGUCCCUUGGGCAGAGAACGACGUGUACGGCGACUACGGAUAUGCCGGGUGCAAGUGGAUUAAUCAAAAGAGAUACCUCAAAACUGAGGCGGACCGAAAGGUCGCAGCCGAAUGGCCUUUUGCCCAACUCACGCGUGUCCGUGAGGCAGUGGAGAAGAUCAUCGAGCUGCGCAACCAGCCCGAAGUUGCUGACCUGGUCAUGAUCGGCAACGCCCCCGCGGAAGAUUAUGAUCUUCCCAAGGCCUACAACAGGUACCUCUGCGAGCAUUACGCCUACAUGAUCUCCAGAGGCGUCAUGAGCUACAAGGAGGAAAUCGAGCCUCUCACGAUUCUCAAUGCAGGAGAAGGUGAAGGUGAUCUCCAGCUCAUGGAGUUUUUCAUUCGCUAUCCGCCGAUAUCUGAGGUGCGUGCAACAGCUGAUGUCAUGCUUGCCAGAAGGCGAGCCGCAGAAGAGGUUGAACUCAACCCCGCGGACAUCGUCGACUCUGUGGAACAGGAGAUCAUGAACUGGCUACAGCAAGAGGAGGAGGCCGACCAGUUGAGGACGACUGACGACUGUCAGAUGCGACCAAAGGCCGAGGCCGAUCACGAGGAUUUGUCUUGUGAGGGCUACCACUUUGAUGGCGUGGAUUGGGGAUCCUUGAGAAGACGCUUCGAGAUCUAUGCUGAUAAGUACCUGGACCGUCCGCAGCUUCUGGCCGAGGAGUUUGACUUGGCCAAGAGCUAUGCCUUUAGCUAUUCGCCUGAAAACCGAUGCUUGCUGGGCGAUCUCACUUUAAGGUUCUUCCUUUGGUUGGCCGUGAGCCCGUCCGAGCUCCGCGCAGCCGUCGCCGCACUGUCGAGCGACGGAGCAGCUGCGUCGACCCUGACGGAGCUCAUGCAGGAGACUUGGACUUGGUUCUGGGACUUGCCGCUCUCGUGGGAGGAGAUCUUGAAAUCUGGGUGGCCACUCUUCAGUAUUCUCGCAGCUGUCUCCGAACGGGUGCGCGAUGAAGGCGACCGGAGAUGCGAGUCCCCCGAGUUGGCACCUUUCGUGGAGACCUUCGACAACGCCAUUGCAGUCUCAACACAUCAUGCUGCCUCGUUGCUUUUGGAGGCGCGGGCCGAUUGCCCCGAAGCCACGGCGUCUGCCUUGGUGGCGCUGGCGGACCAGCUGCGAACCACCAUGUGGCAACAGCCCAACAGGUAUUAUCACUUCACCUCCACCCUGCCCGAGAGGCAACCGAAGGAGGAGGACGUGGAGAUCCUGCUGUCUCGUGCGGAGGCUUUGCUGCGACCAGCGCGGAGUUGGCGGAGCCUAACGCAGCUUUGGCAGUUGGCGCACCGUGGGAAUCUGUGACAUCGUGCGGGAUCAAAGUCGAAUGCAAAAGGGAAUGAUGUGGAAGAAACAUCCAGUACUAGGUGAUGGUUUCGGAUACUUUUAUACCUUUUUUUUGAACCGUUACUUGGGGAUGAUUGGACCCUCUGACUACUAUGUUUCGGGUUGAAAACACCUCGAAAGAACCCAUGUGCCAUGGUCAUGUGCCACGGAGAAACCUGCCUGUGAGAGGCUCUUAGUUCGUGGACCAGCUGGAUUUCCUAGGUGUAUCAGGAGUUGACCAGCAGCCACCAGAUGGCAAAGUCAGAUGAAUCCAACACUGCUUGGUUUUGCUUGAACAAAGUGGCUGUGGAAGAGAAACAGCAUGUGUCUGUGUGAUUCCCCAAAUGUGCACAAACAGUUGCACAAAAGACUGUGUGAUGUCAAAUUGUGCUGACAUCAGCAGUGCGGAAGUAGUUGGACAACUUGGGGAUGGAGUUUCAGCAGGAGCAAGUUGCAGAAGCUCACCCUUUGUGUCCUGAGUGUCCUGGACUUCCAAGUAGAAGCUUUGUUUUUACUCCACUAAGAGUGGAAAGAGUGGUCACUGGCAAUCCAUGGGCCAUCCACGGGCCCCUCUUCCCUAUAGCAAUCCCAUGGGCACAGCUUGCUAUGCCCAUUUCUUCGGGGUUUUCCGGGGUCAGGUCAAUGCAGGUACCAACAGAGGUUUUUCAGAACCCGACUAUCCCGAGGUCCCCCAGGUUUUCCGGGUCCUGCAGGUCACUCAGUCAACCUCUCUUGGUAAAUAUUCACAUGGAUGGUCAGCUCCAGGACUUCCUGUUUCGCAUGCGCUGAGGGCGUCACUGCGUGACUGUGUCAGCCUUGUUGCUGCAGCAACUUGAAGACUUGACAAAUGAAUCUAGUUUCUUCUCCCCCACGGGCAGCCCAUCCAUCAAAGAUCCACAACUCCCGAUGUUCCUUUCCCAAAUCCACCCAAAUUAUCCCAAAUUCAUUAA